GUUUCCUAGCUGUUGUCUGCCCGCCGCACCCCCAUUUUGAACUCUCCCCCGCUUCUCCAUUUCACACUCUCCCUUCCCUUUCCUAUAAAAUUCCAAAUCAACCCAUUCCUUCUCUCCUCACUUGCUUCCCUCUCCAUCAGGUAAAAUCACUUUCUCUCCUCUUUCUACCCUUUGUAAUGUCUCAUUCUUUCUCUUUGUUGUUUCUGUUGUUGGGGUUUUCAGAUAGAGAGAAAACGAAAGUGCAAUGGCGGUCAGUUCCAGAGGGAGAAUGACAGAGCUUGGAGUUGUUUCAAGGAAGUGGAAAGAUAGAGAAAUAAGCCCGGAAAGAAACAGAGUCUGGAUUGAACCCAAGCCUCACAACGACACCAUUAACAACAACAACAACAAAAAGUCUUUCAAUAUUGAAAGAAAAGUUGCUGUUGUUUACUAUUUGUCUAGAAAUGGUCAGCUUGAUCACCCUCAUUUCAUAGAAGUUCCUCUCUCUUCUAAUGAUGGACUUUAUCUAGAAGAUGUAAUCAACCGCCUAAACCUCCUUCGAGGCAAAGGCAUGGCUAGUCUGUACUCUUGGUCCUCCAAACGGAGUUACAGAAACGGCUACGUUUGGCACGACUUAGCAGAGAACGAUUUUAUUUACCCAUCUCACGGGCAAGAAUACGUUCUCAAAGGAUCGGAGAUUCAGAUUCUCGACCACUCGAUAAACCCUCAAUCCAUGGAAAUAACGUCGUCUUCUUUUCCAUUAACAAAACGGCCGGAGUCUCAAAAGACAGGUAAUGAGCAUGAUUUUCCUUCAGUCAGACGGCGGAGGAAUCAAUCUUGGAGUUCUAUUGAUCUCCAAGAGUACAAAGUUUAUAAGGCUGAGUCAAGCUCCGAGUCAGCUCGGAGACUCGCUGCCGAUGCGUCGACUCAGACUGAAGAUAAAAGGAGGAGAAAAAAACCGGUAGUAAAGCAAGCGGAAAUUGAAGAGUUGCGGAGUCAAAGUCAAAGUCAAGAGUUGGAGAUGAAUCAGACUACGGAGCUGGUUGGGUGGGGGAUUUCGCCUACCAUGUCGGACUCGAGUCCGGAGACUUUGGAAUCCUUGAUUAAAGUUGAUGGACGGCUGAGAUUGCGUAAUGGUGGUGGUAACGAAGAUAGCUUGAAUCGGACGGCUGAGAAUUGCCCCAGUGGGAGAAUGAAGCCGUCGUCUGUUUUAAUGCAGUUGAUAUCGUGCGGUUCGAUCUCAUUUAAGAAUUGUGGUCCCAACUCGGAGAGGAAUCAAGGGUUCUCGUUGAUUGGGCACUACAAAUCGAGGUUGCGACGCGAAGCAGAGAAUCGUCUCCAGCUGGGGAAAGAAGCAGGGAUUGAGAGGGAAAUUGGAAGCUUCUCAAGGGUAAGAUUGGAAGAUAAAGAGUAUUUUAGUGGGAGCUUGAUUGAGACCAAGAAACAAGAGGUUCCUGCAUUGAAGAGAUCUUCUUCUUACAAUGCUGAUAGGAGCUCACAGUUGCAGUUGGCAGAAAAGGAGAAAGAUGGAGUGCAUGCCAAGUGCAUACCAAGGAAGCUAGAAACUCUGUCAAUGAAGAAAGAAGGCAACAUAAUCACAGAUAGCAGCGGUGAAAGUGGAAGCAUUAGUCAAACGGGAAGCAAAAGGCAUGACCGUUAGAUCUUCAUUUUUCAUUGGUGCAUUGGAGCUGAGCUAUGUGAAUUGUAGCAGUUUGUAUUUUUGUUAACAAAACAGGGAGAAGUCAAUGACAAUGGAGAAAGAUUAUAGGGAAACGCACAAUGAGAGGAACAGUAGGGUUAGGAAUCUUGUAAAGCUCUUUUGUUGAAAGGUGUAAAAUUUGUCGAUUUCCGUUUGCAGCUUUCAGCUUAGGUCAACUUUUGAUGCCUUGAUUUUUGUGGGAGUGGUUCAUUUUGUCUUGAUUUCGGUGUAUUGGCACUAACCCCUAGUAGUUUUAGGCCAUUUUGACAAUAACUUGGUUUGACUUUGAAACAUGGGAAAUAGGAUUUCAUCCUAGGUAUUAUCAUCUGCUUUGGUCUUAGGCUCCAUUGUGGGAAAGUUUUGUUUUUCAUGGCUGGCCUGUCACGGACAUUGGAGAUGUGAAACUUAAAGAUGUACACCAAGAACUUCCAACCUUUCCCAUGGCAAAUUUCGACUUCCAUUUGGCAGAUCUUCGCCUUGGAAUGAUCACUGUGCAGAGAGUUGGAAGGAGUAAUAUCUGGUGUUGAACCGAGUCAAGUUUAGCAACUGUCUAUGUGAUCCUUCAAAGCUUGCGGUUUUGAUGCUCGCAAUAUAUACGAAUCCGCUUUCUUAUCAAAUUUUGUCCGAAUGGCUACAUUUGGUUGCAUUUCAGCUUGUUGCAUUUUCAUGUUCAUAAAGACUGAAAACUAUGCAUGAAUGUAAUCUCAUGUUCAUACAGAGCAACAGUCCAUGUAAUUUGUUUGAACAUUACUAAAUUCUUAAUUUUGAAUCCAAAAUUCAAUCCGAGACAAAUGAUAACCUCAAAUACGAUGUACU